ACAGAAGCAAUUUCAGAUCGCGUUUUUUCAUCUCAGGAAAUACCCACCACACCUUCACCUCUCUCAGCAUCGCGAUUCUUCUCAACUUCGUGAUUCUUCACCUCUCUUAGCAUCGUAAUUCUUCAUCUCGCUCAGCAUCGUGAUUCUUCAUCUCUCAGCGAUGGCGAACACCUCAGAAGCAAAGCUCACGCCAGUCAUUGAUUGAAGGAAUUAGGGAUUUUAGAUUUCAGAUUUCCACAUUCUCAUCAAAACUGAUGUUUGUGCUCUCGGUUCUCAGUUCUCACUCAGAUUUUGGUCUUUGAUUGAAGGCAAUUAUGUGGUAAAGUGUUGAAUGUGAAAGCUUUAGAUAAACUACAACAUGAUAUUGUGCUCACUUUAUGCCAAUUGAGUGUCUCAGAUCAUUUUGGAUUAAAAAUCUUAGGAGCAAAGAACUAAGGAAGAUUGGAUAUGGCAACUAGACGCGUUCAUUACGCUCCUCUUGCCACGGAUGAGGAUGAUUAUAUUGGUGAUAGAAGUAGACCAUUUGACCCUCGAUUUGAUUAUAUCCCAAAAGCCUUGGAUAAAGUUCCCUGGAAAUCCAUUGUCCUUGCACUCUUCCUGUUAUUUCUCGGUACAGGACUACUAUUUCUGUCAUACUUUAUCUUCACUGGUCAUAUGGGGGGAGAACGGUCUCAAGCUUAUGGCCUUUUAGCCCUUGGCUUUCUUAGCUUUCUCCCAGGCUUUUAUGAGACUCGAAUUGCAUAUUAUGCAUGGCGGGGUGCCAAAGGAUUCUGGGUAAUGCUUUCUACACCAAUACAAAUUCAGGGUAAUGCUUCUACCAUUAGUGAAAGUGCAUCCCAUGCUUCAGCACAAAGUGAGCCCGUAGUUCCUACUUUCUCAUCCAUCCCAUCCAUCCCAUCCAUUAGUGUUGCAUCACAAAGCCCCCAAACUGCACACUCAUUUGACCAAAAUGACAAUCUUACGGAAGUUAACAGCCCAGAAGGCAUGCCGAUAGAGCAAUGGGCUUCUUUUCUAACUUACCGUCUGAAGGAGGAAACAAUGAAAAUGUCUGAAACGAAUGCCUUAAAUAGACAAAAACAAACUAUACCGCACACGCUUGGCACAAAGACCAUUGCAAGGAAGAGGCAUGAGCUGGAAAUUGAAACCGGCCGAUCAUAUAGUAGAGCGGAAAUGUACUCCAUUUCACACAAGAAAAGUGAUGGCUCUUUUGUAAAUGAAGAAGCAAAACAAAAGAGUGAUUUAUUGGAGAAGGAACUUGAAAAGAAUUGUUCUGAAGAGGCUGCCUAUGUUAAAGUUUUUAGGAAAGAUCGCUCAGGAUACGUGAGAGGCAUGGGCUUUGGUGUUUGUCCAUCUCAAGUGUUGGAAUCUGCUAGCAGCUCUAGUAGCUCGCAAUUUGCUGGCAUCACAUUGGCUGAAUGGAAUGCCAUGAAAUCAGAAUUGCAGGAGAGCAAUGCGAAAUUUCAAGCUUUAGAGGAACGAAUGAAUUCUUUCAUGCAACAGUUUGGAGGUCAAGGGCCACCUAACCAGGUAUUGAAGCUUUAGAUUUCAAGUGUGUUCAUCUUGUUUCAAUGUUUCCCUAGCUCUUCACUGUUUUCUAUUUCUCUUUCACUCUUAUCUUUGUGACUGGACACUGGAAAAGUUGAUCAAUUUAUGGUGAUAAUGCUAAUGUGACCUUACUUCUAUUUUGUAGAGUUAAGUACAAGUCCAAUUUAUUUUGUCAUAUUUAGUAUUUUGCAUUAAUCUCCUAUCCACACUUAUUAUGUGAUAAACACUUAUUUUGUAAGUUGUACUUGAUCAUAUUAUACUUCUAUUUUGUAAGUUACUUUUUAUGAAUCCUUUAAAUACAUUUGGGUGGAUGAAA